GUCAAUCCAUCCCGUCACCAGAAGAGUUCUGGUGCAGCAUUCAAAAUGUUGGAUACUGUCUCUGCGUAAUCUGUAUUAGUUAACCCAGGGAGUUCGGGAGUCGUCAUUUUCCUUCCCUAUUGGCAAAAAUGGGGAUUCCUGUUGCUCUUUACGUUCCUAAUCUGCUUGGGUAUGCCCGAAUAAUGCUGGCCCUCGCCGGCCUUCACGCUUCUAUUCAGCAUCCAUGGACCGCAUUUUCUCUCUGGAUUUUAUCGGCUUCAUUGGACCUCAUCGAUGGUAUCCUUGCUCGAGCGCUUAAGCAAACAUCGAAAUUUGGAGUACUUUUGGACAUAGGUGCUGACAAUAUUUUAAGAUCGUGUGUUUGGGUUGCGGCGGCCGUGUCAAACCCGGCCUAUCUUAUUCCAUCUACAAUUAUUUUGUGCCUCGAGUGGUGUACCAUGCUAGCUACACAGCUACAUGCCGAAGCUCACAGAUCACACUGGAAGAAUGCCAGACAAAAAGAUCCCAUCUUUAUUCAGGCAUUCUUCGCCAAUAAUUUUCGAAACCCGCUCGGGCUACUUGGAAUUUACGGAUUAUUUGGAGGAAACAUACUGGCAUACGCAAGCUCACAUACAGAUUUAAGCGAAAAGCUCCCAUGUUUCGGGUUUUUCAAGUACUUGGCUUUUGCCGGCCGCGGGAUUGCUAUGGGGAUCGAGCUCUGGAUGUGUAGUGAUUACUUGUCUUUGGUACUCCGACAAGAUGCGGGAUUGGAAGAGGAUACUGGUCAGGGUCAUAAAAAGGUCUCUUGAAGAUGUUCUUC